AUGAUCAUAAUGCGUGCCCUGGUAGCAACAGUUUUACUCAUAUCCGUCGUGUUGGUGUCGAUUGUGCUGAUUACGGCUAACACGAAACAUGUGGUGGACGCUGAAGGUGCAGUUGAAAGUUCUGUAGUAGACAAAAAUUUGGACGAGGUGAUACUGAACCGAAUACCGCUGGUGGAAACGGUUGCGGACGAAGGUGAAAAGUCGAAUGGAAAGGUCAGCGUAAAAGCUACACCCAAAAAGGCGCACGUUCCAAUUCUGAUGACUGAAGAUGGAAUUGAUAAUUCGAAGGGUCAUCUGCUGUCCAUAUUUCGGAAUGCUGGUUUGGGUAGUACAAAUAAUGACGGCAUGGUUACUGGGACAACGAUCGAAAGUGAUGAUGAUCUGGUAAUCACACAUGAAUAUCUCAGCACCGAUAUAACUGGAAUCCAGGCUGAAAUGUUGUUUUCGGAUGGCUUGUAUGAGAAUGCCGAUUGGCAUACCGCUGCAAACGAGCGUAUGACCCGGGAAUUGCCUCCACAUAGUUCGAUGCUUGUUCAGGAGUUAGUAGAUAGUAAAACCAGUCAGAAUAGUUUAGAAGCUGGAUUUGAAGCACAAGAAGUAUUGACUGGAAAACCUGUGGAACUGCAAACAACGAAGCAGAGCAAGAUGAGCUCGAAGGAAUCACAAACAAUAACUUCGAAGACAUUCCAAACCACCGAACAGCUACCGUUGGGUUACGAACCAGAAAGCUACAUAGUUCUGGACACGAAGCCGAAUGUUCGCGAUAAUUUGAAAUCAGUUGAUGAUGUUGCUGCUGAAGAAAUUGAUCCUGUCGGUUGGAGCAUAAACAGUCCAACGCUAGAACGAAAACAGCGAGAAGCAAGUAAGCUGUCUGAAACGAUCGUUCUUAACACAGUGCCCAUAGUUCCUCACUUAGCUGAAAGCGAUCAUUCUCUCAAAGACCAAGGGUGUCCUCACAAGUUCCCUCCACCACUUCCAUCCAUAAUGAUGAAAGAGGUCGAUCGACCGUUCUACCAAAAUCAAGGAGUACCUUCGAUCUAUAAUCCGCACAACUGGAAUACGGAACACAUGAAUCUGGUACGGUUUCCACAAUGCACAGACUGUCAGCGGAAAUCGGUUCCGCUCUGUGUCACUUGCGGCAGGUGUAGUGACUGCUGCCAUCAGAGCGGGUGCACCUGCGGUUGCUUGAAAUCAUAG